GCAAAUAUUUGACCGUUCGUUGAUGCCGGAUCGCCCCAUAAGCGAACAGGAUUUGAUACGUAUGUCAACUGCGCCGCAAUUGGGUCAAGAUGCUACUGCAACGCCAGUACAGACAACUAAUGACUUAACUCGCAGACCGGAACAUCGAGACAGUCAGAUACAAUUGUCACAUGUAAAUGGGAUACGUCCUACACAACAUCGUGCCAAUGCGACGAAUUCUUCAACGUCUGCAAACAAAUCGUCAUCGUCUACAAUAACGAAGAAUGAAACGGUGGAUCGAAUUUCCGUUCAACCAUCGGACACGCCGCACAAUUUUGUACCGAAUUUUCAGUUUUUUAAUGGUGGGUCCAACUCUUCCGAUAACUCGCAGUCCAAUACCGGCGAACUUCCGAAUUUGUCGAUUUUGAAUGUUGCCAAUGGUACAAACGGUCAACGGGAAUGCGUUAGCAGAAAUGUUCCGCAUAUCUCACAAAUCACGAAUCAAUCGCAGUCGACGUCCAUCAGUGUGAUAUCAACUGACGAAGAAGAAAAUUCUACCGGAAAUGUUCCGCAUUUGUCACAAUUAAUGAAUCAGUCGCAGUCGUUAGAUAAUUGGGGGGAGGAACAAAAUUCAACCGAUCACCAUGAGUCGCCAAACGCAAAUAUUCCACAUUUUUCACAAUUACUUAGUCAGUCGCAUCCAACAUCUGAUAAUUUAACGUCAGAACAGAAUUCCAACGAUACACAAGAAUGUUUUGAUGGAAAUGUUCCACAUUUGUCACAAUUACUGAGUCAGUCGCAUCCAACUUCCGAUAAUAUACCGCAGGAACAGAAUUCAACCGAUGAAGGAGAAUCUUUUGAAGCGAAUGUGCCACAUUUGUCACAAUUAGUAAAUCAGUCAACUGAUGGAUCGGGAGCAUGAAUAUAUCUAGUUUUUAAUGACCAUCGAGAUCAAAUAACUGACAAACUUAAAAUAGAAAUAUUUCACAUUAAAAGUAAGCGUUUGAAGGAA